AUGCAGCUAUGCGACUGCCACAACGGUGCUGGAUGCAAUCCUUCGAAUGGUAUCUGCGAAUGUUUGGUCGGUUGGAGUGGCCAGAGAUGCGAUACACCAUGCCCGGAAGGGUAUUUUGGCACAAAUUGCACAGAGCAGUGUAGCUGCGAGAACGGGACGCAGUGCGAUCCAGCGGACGGCGAAUGCAUUUGUCAACCAGGAUUUCGCGGGAAAAGCUGUGAAUUGCGUAAGAUUUAUUGUGACGAUAAAUACUUUUAA